AAGGAGCGAAAAGACGUCGCAUUUGACAGACCAAGAACCUCUUUUAUCUCCGUGUUGCAUGGGAUUCGUUAUCGACCGGCAUUUUAUGUAACAUUUCUCUGUGACUCUCUCUAGCUUUAAAAAACACACCCCACACCAAUUGGUCCGCCAACCCCGCUACCCCUCUGUCUUGCCCCUCGUUCAGUUGCGACUGUCAACAAAUUUUCUCUCUUCCGACUUGUCUUGUCGAUCCCAGCAUUUUCUUUCGUCGCCAGCAGCUUCACCUCCAGUAAUUUUACCGAUUGCACUGUCGCUCCGUCGAUAACAUAUUUCCAUCAUGUCGCAGCCAGACACACGCGCAAUGUCCUUCAGCAAACGGGCGAACUUACCCAACACUCAUCCUCUUGCUGCUUUCCUCCUCCACCUAAUUGUUAUCAAGCGCACCAAUCUCUGUCUGUCGGCCGAUGUGACGACUACUUCAGCUCUGUUGAACAUUGCGGAAGAAGUUGGAGACUCGAUAUGCAUGCUCAAGACGCAUGUGGACAUCAUCAGCGAUUUCGGAGAGAAGACGGUUCGAGGACUUCGAGACAUUGCCCGGAGAAAGCGAUUCUUAGUCUUUGAGGAUCGCAAGUUUGGUGAUAUUGGAAGCACUGUACAGAAGCAAUACACUGCUGGUCCCUUUUCCAUUGUUCGCUGGGCAGCAAUCACCAAUGCGCACAUCUUCCCCGGUCCGGCUAUUGUGACCGCACUCAAGGCGGCUGCAGCCGACGCCAUUGCGGCAUUCAACCGCUCGGUCGAGACCGAAAUCAGCGUUGGCACACCGCGGCCCUCGUCUGACGAGGAUGACGGCAGCUUUGACGGCUCUUCUGAAGGAGUUUCCAACGAUGGAGACACCACCAAGCUUCCCCUACGCAAGCGUAGCAUUGUCGCGGCCACGACGAUCGAAUCGUCCACCGAAUCAACUACCCUAGAACGCGGCGCACUUGACGAAGCCACCGCCCAAGCAGAAAACGACCGCGAAAAGGCGCUCGAGGCGCUGGGCAGCCCACCACUGGCUCGCGGCCUCUUGCUUCUUGCCGAGAUGAGCUCCGAGGGCAACCUUUUGACUGGAGCGUACACCCAGAAAUGCAUCGAUAUUGCACGCGACCAUAACGACUUUGUUAUUGGAUUUAUUGCCCAGCAUGAUCUGAACAGCAAGCCCGGCGACAACUUUAUCACGUGCACGCCUGGUAUUUCACUGCCUCCGCCUGGUCAAGAGGGCCAGAAGGUCAGUGGCGACGGUCUCGGUCAGCAAUAUAACACCCCUCACAAGGCUAUCGUCCAGGAGGGUUGCGACGUAGUUAUUGUUGGAAGGGGUAUUCUUUCGGCAAAGGACCGUGCUGCAGAGGCUGAACGUUACCGCCGUGAGGCCUGGAAGGCAUACGAGGAGAGAGUAGGCGCCAACUAAGUUGACCCUGGGGAAAAAAGUUUUCUACAUCGGAUGGAUUUGUUGGGUUUGGAUUUGAUUGCGAUUUGAGCAGGGUAGAUAUACCAAUAAAUUAUUUCGCUUCUUUUUUUUUUAAAGCUAUAGUGGUAUGGAUGGACUAGCAAUGGCACCGGAUGACGGGGAAAUAAGCAGAUGAUGCAGCUGGCUGUAUGAAAGCACAUGAAAUAACGGAUCUAUAGAUGGACUUGGAAUAAGGAUUAGAUGGCUAAAAAUUGUAAGAUGCUUUUCUGAAAUUAAACAGGAC